GCUAUACUUGCAGACUAAGCCAACAAAUUAUUGUGUGUGGCUUGGCUGCAAUAAAUCCCAUAACAUAAAAAAUACUAGGUAUACUGGUACACCAUAUUUCAGAGAUGGGCCUGAGCUCCCUCUACAUUGCAACUGAGGAUUAAUUUAGUGACACGCCGAUAAUUUCUCGAAACUUGGCUUGUCAAUGGUGAUUAAGAGCCCAACACCAUGAGAGCCCAAUGCAUUUUCCUAUCCGUCCUACUCCGUCCCAAAUUCAUUCUGCAGCCCCUCCUCCAAACUCAUUUUCCUGUAAAAUCAUCGCGGCUAAUUUUGUGGUUCGAACAGAAAAAGGGCUUCACUUCAUCUUCUUUCUUUGUCAGCUCCCCAUCUACCUUUUGAAACCCUAAUAAUUAUAAAGGUACGCCUUUCUCCUUUCCUUUCCAGUCACUCUAUUUUACCCUGCGAGUUGCUGCUUUUUGUUCUGCAAAAGAUUUUUAGUUCCAGGCUGGCUUUCCCAUCUCCGCCCUGUGGAUAUGGGUACUAUCCACGAUAGUCGAUCAGUUUUACUAUUAUGCCUCUUUCCGGGAGUUGGAGUUGGAGCUGGAGGUUGGUUAUGAUAAAUAAUUUCCCGUUAAAUACUUAUUUUCUUCUAAAAAUAUAAAUUCAUAAAAAAUCUCCGGAUAUGGAAUUUGAACCUUUGAGUUUGGGCAACGAUGUGAUUGAAUUCGACAUGAUGGGCCUCGGAGAUGACACUGCGGACAUUGAGCACUCCGUUGAUGAUGAUGAUGACUUCAUGGACACUUCUUCCGCUGCUGCUGGCAGCGGCGCUGGUAGUGGUGAACUCUUUUACAUUCCUGAAGGAGAUUCCAAUCUUGAGCCCUACGAAGGCAUGGAGUUCGAAUCAGAAGAGGCUGCUAAGGCCUUCUACAAUUCUUAUGCUCGCCGAGUCGGCUUUAGCACCCGGGUCAGCAUGUCUCGCAGGUCCAGGCGUGACGGUGCCAUCAUUCAGAGAUCUUUCGUGUGCGCCAAAGAGGGCUUUCGGGUUGAGAAGGACAGGCCUCCCGGCCAUGACGGCCGGGUGAAGCGCCCCCGUGCCGAAACCCGGGUUGGUUGUAAAGCCAUGUUGGUUGUCAAGAUUCAAGAUUCCGGAAGAUGGGUUGUUUCUGGAUUUGCGAAGGAACACAAUCAUGAGCUUGUACCCCCCGAUAAGGUGCACUGCCUCAGAUCGCACCGCCAUGUCUCUGGCUCUGCCAAGUCCUUGAUUGAUACCUUACAGGGUGCUGGUAUUGGACCCAGCGGAAUUAUGUCUGCGCUGAUUAAAGAAUAUGGUGGCAUUAGCAAUGUCGGAUUCACUGAGCGUGACUGUAGGAACUACAUGAGAAGUAGUCGGCAGAGGACACUCGGGGGUGACACUCAGCUGCUUUUGGACUACCUCAGAUGCAUGCAGGCUGAGAACCCCGCAUUUUUCUAUGCUGUGCAGGGAGAUGAAGAUCAGUGCUUGAGCAAUAUCUUUUGGGCUGAUCCUAAGGCAAGGACCAACUACACUUACUUUGGUGAUACUGUCACAUUUGACACGACUUACAGGUCAAACCGCUACAGGUUGCCUUUUGCACCCUUCACAGGAAUUAACCAUCAUGGACAGCCUGUGUUGUUUGGUUGUGCCCUCCUAAUAAAUGAAUCUGAAGCAUCAUUCGUUUGGCUAUUUAAAACCUGGCUUUCUGCGAUGUCUGGUAGGCCUCCUGUCUCUAUCACAACUGAUCAUGAUCGGGUUAUUCGCUUGGCUAUUAUGCAGGUUUUACCAGAGACCCGCCACCGUUUUUGCAAGUGGCACAUCUUUAAAGAAUCCCAAGAGAAGUUGUCCUAUGUGCUUUCUGAACACCCGAAUUUUGAAGUAGAGCUCCAUAAAUGUGUGAAUCUAACGGAGUCAAUAGAAGAGUUUGAAUCUUGUUGGUUGUCCCUGAUAGACAGGUACGAUCUUCGGGAACAUGAGUGGCUUCAAACAAUUUAUACUGAUCGCUGGCAAUGGGUGCCUGUAUACUUGAGGGACACGUUCUUUGCUGAACUAUCUAUAACACAACUCAGUGAUUGCAUGAACUCCUAUUUUGAUGGAUAUGUGAAUGCAUCGACAACCCUACAACAGUUUGCUAAGCAGUACGAGAAGGCCAUGGAAAGUCGCUAUGAGAAAGAAGUUAAAGCAGAUUAUGAUACUAUGAACACUGCCCCCAUUCUAAAGACCCCAUCUCCAAUGGAGAAACAAGCAGCUGAACUUUACACGAGGAAAUUAUUUAUGAAAUUUCAAGAGGAAUUGGUUGAGACACUUACUUUCUUGGCAACCAAAGUUGAGGAUGAUGAAGCAGUCACUACAUAUCGAGUUGCUAAAUUUGGUGAAACUCAUAGAUUUUACCUUGUCAGAUUUAAUGUCAGAGAGAUGAAAGCAACCUGUAGCUGCCAGAUGUUUGAGUUCUCUGGCCUUCUUUGUAGACAUAUAUUGACUGUUUUUCGAGUGACAAAUGUUCUUACUUUUCCACUGCGCUAUGUUAUGAAACGAUGGACAAGAAAUGCCAAGAGUGGUGUCAUAUUGGAAGAGCAUUCUAGGAAUUUGUUAAAUAGUUCUACUUCUCAAGAAUCUCUUACUGUUCGAUAUAACAAUCUUCGCCAUGAAGCCCUAAAGUAUGUAGAUCAAGGUGUGACAACCAUGGACAUUUACAAUGUGGCUAUGGGUGCUCUACAAGAGGCUACAAAUAAAGUUGUUCAUGCAAAAAAGAAUGCAGGAAGAGUUGCCAUCUUCAACGAGACUGCCAGCGAAGUCGGUGUUUCUCGUGAAAGUCAUGCGAAUGAUACAUGCGGAGAUCAUCAAUGGGGUUUAGAACAACCUCUGUCUCUGGAUGAGCAGGAUAGGAAGAUUAGAAAACUAUCUUGCCAGCUGGAAUGUGCAAGACGAAAAUGUGAAGUAUAUCGAGCCAACUUGCUGUCAGUAUUGAAAGAUAUUGAGGACCAAAAAUUACAGUUGUCAGUUAAGGUACUGAAUAUUAAGUUAGGGAUGAAAGACUCUGAUCUGAAAUGGAAUUGAUGGUACUCUCUCUCUCUCUCUCUCUCUCUCUCACAUGCAGUUGUAACGUGCACAACUGUUCAUGUACUUCAACAUGUUCCUGGUCUAAACUCUCAAUAGUAUAGGCAAUGACCAGGUGCAACAUGUUGCCUUAAGAGUAUAGUGCUUGUUACUCUCUGAGGCACCUUUCUGUUGGAUGUAGAAUGUAUAAAUUGUUGUGAUUAAAUAUGUCUACUCAUAUUCUUUUGCAUGUAUUGAACAAAAGCUUCAUGUUAGUUCUUA